CCAGCAAAGUUUUCAGCUGGACUUCAACUACUUAUUGCUUUUUCUUCCUUACAUUUAUAUCCCACAAAACCCUUGUUCCUAAUUUCUCAGUUCACAACGCAAAUCUUCUGGAAAUUGAGCAGGAUAUCAUAUUUUGCACCCGGCGCCAGCAUUCUGGCUGGCAACUACUGUACUGAUCAAUAUUAUGAACCAUCAGAGUGCAACAAAUUCUAGUAAACCACUCGAGGGUGUUCAUGGAAUCCAUGUUGUGCCUCAUUCACCAUUUGCUUUGGAAGAGAUAACUCAACAGGGGGAGUUCUCUCGAACAACCUAUGGAAGUUUGUUUGAUACCAAAAAUCAGCAAGUUUUACUGCAGAGAGUAUGGGAGCAAAGACCAGGAUGUUUGAGGCCUAUCCAUUGCUGUAUGAAUGGUGAUAAGCAUCUUGCAGAAACAGUCGCAAAUGUACUUACCUCAGUUCCUUUUAUUGCUUUAGGGCUCCACGCUCCAAGGAAGAACCUUAGUACUAAGAUGUAUGCUAACUCAUUAAUCGGAGUAGGAGUUGCCUCGAGUUUGUAUCAUUGUUCGAGAGGCAAAAUCAGGAAGUACUUUAGAUGGCUUGACUAUACAAUGAUAGCAGCAACAACAAUAUGCUUAUCAAGAGCCCUUAGAAAUGAGAACCCAAAGUUGCUGAUGGCAGCAUCUGCGGCACUUUUGCCUAUCCAGCCUCUGAUGGUAUCUGCAGUUCAUACAGGGAUGAUGGAGGUGGCAUUUGCAAAAAGAGCAGUAAAAGAUCCAGACUUAAAAAUGGCACAUACACUGCAUAAGAUGUCAUCCUUGUUAGGGGGUGCUCUUUUCAUUGCAGAUGAUUUAUUUCCUGAAACUCCUUAUAUCCACGCUGGUUGGCAUCUGGCUGCGGCUGUUGGCGUCGGCACAUGUCACAAGCUUCUCGAGUAGCGUGCAUAUAUGCAUAUAUACAUCCUAGAUAUCAGUUGCAAUUAUUUGUGCUCUGAGCUGCAGCUUCAACUUAAAGGCUAAUACCGGCACGCCUGCAUCUAUAUUUACUUUCUAUCUAGAGCGAAAAGUCAGGUAGAACUGUAGAAGUAGAAGAAGCAUUUCCUGCUUGGAAAUGAGCUUGUCAAGCCCACAUUGGGUUCCGUAAUUACCUCCGGUAUACUAUUUCUGUAUUCUUCCUGGAAAAUAUGUAGAAUGAGAUCAUUGUUGUAAAAGGGCUAUCAUCGUCUGCUAAGGAUGUAAAAUUUUUCUUUAGAGUAUAUAUCAAUAUCAAUCUGUAAAUGGAACUAGUAUUUAGAAGAAAAUCAAUGAUUCGUCAUGA